AUGCUUACAAGGAACUCUUUAUACCUGCUUCUCUGGAUCCUGUUUGAUGGAGGUCUCCUAACAUCACUUCAGCCGCAGCCACAACAGACUUUAUCCACAGAACCAAAAGAAAAUGUUAUCCACCUUCCAGGGAGACGAUCCCAUCUCCAACGAGUUAAACGUGGCUGGGUAUGGAAUCAGUUUUUUGUGCUGGAAGAAUACAUGGGAUCCGAACCUCAGUAUGUGGGAAAGCUACAUUCUGACUUGGACAAGGGAGAGGGCACUGUUAAAUACACGCUCUCUGGAGAUGGUGCUGGCACUGUUUUUACAAUUGAUGAAACUACGGGAGACAUUCAUGCAAUAAGAAGCCUGGAUAGAGAAGAAAAACCUUUCUACACUCUUCGCGCUCAGGCCGUGGACAUCGAAACCAGGAAGCCAUUGGAGCCCGAAUCAGAGUUCAUCAUUAAAGUGCAGGAUAUUAACGAUAACGAGCCAAAGUUUUUGGAUGGACCUUAUGUGGCUAGUGUUCCAGAAAUGUCUCCUGUGGGUGCGUAUGUGCUGCAGGUCAAAGCCACAGAUGCAGAUGAUCCUACCUACGGAAACAGUGCCAGAGUUGUUUACAGCAUCCUUCAAGGGCAACCUUAUUUCUCUAUUGAUCCCAAGACAGGUGUCAUUAGAACAGCAUUGCCAAACAUGGACAGAGAAGUCAAGGAGCAGUAUCAGGUCCUCAUUCAAGCGAAGGACAUGGGAGGACAGCUCGGAGGACUAGCUGGAACUACAAUUGUCAACAUCACCCUUACUGAUGUCAAUGACAACCCACCUCGAUUCCCAAAAAGCAUCUUCCAUCUGAAAGUUCCCGAGUCUUCCCCUGUUGGCUCAGCUAUUGGAAGAAUAAGAGCAGUAGAUCCUGAUUUUGGAAAAAAUGCAGAAAUUGAAUACAACAUUGUCCCAGGAGACGGGGGAAAUUUGUUUGAUAUUAUCACAGAUGAAGAUACACAAGAAGGAAUCAUCAAAUUGAAAAAGCCUUUAGAUUUUGAAACAAAGAAGGCAUAUACUUUUAAAGUAGAGGCCUCCAACCUUCACCUUGACCAUCGCUUUCACUCUGCUGGGCCAUUUAAAGAUACUGCUACAGUAAAAAUCAGUGUACUGGAUGUGGACGAGCCACCGGUGUUCAGCAAGCCGCUUUACACCAUGGAGGUUUAUGAAGACACUCCUGUGGGGACCAUCAUCGGAGCCGUCACAGCCCAAGACCUUGAUGUGGGCAGUAGCGCUGUUAGGUACUUCAUAGAUUGGAAGAGUGAUGGGGAGAGCUACUUUACAAUAGAUGGAACGGAAGGAACCAUCGCCACUAAUGAAUUACUAGACAGAGAGACCACGUCUCAGUAUAAUUUCUCCAUAAUUGCAAGUAAAGUUAGUAACCCAUUAUUAACUAGCAAAGUUAACAUACUAAUUAACGUCCUAGAUGUCAAUGAAUUUCCUCCAGAAAUUUCUGUGCCAUAUGAGACAGCUGUGUGUGAAAAUGCCAAACCAGGACAGAUAAUUCAGAUAGUUGGUGCUGUAGACCGAGAUCUUUCACCUGCUGGGCAGCAAUUCUCCUUUAGAUUAGCACCAGAGGCUGUCAUCAAACCAAAUUUUACAGUUCAUGACUUCAGAAACAACACAGCUGGAAUUGAAACCCGGAGAAAUGGUUACAGCCGCAGGCAGCAGGAGUUGUAUUUCCUUCCCAUUGUGAUAGAAGACAGCAGUUACCCUGUCCAGAGCAGCACGAAUACAAUGACUAUCCGUGUCUGUAGAUGUGACUCUGAAGGGACCAUCCUGUCUUGCAAUGUGGAAGCAAUUUUUCUACCUGUAGGACUCAGCACUGGAGCGUUGAUCGCAAUCUUACUGUGCAUUGUUAUACUGUUAGCUAUUGUUGUGCUGUAUGUAGCACUGAGGAGGCAGAGGAAGAAAGACACCCUUAUGACCUCUAAAGAAGACAUCAGAGACAAUGUCAUCCAUUACGAUGAUGAAGGAGGUGGGGAGGAGGACACCCAGGCCUUUGACAUCGGGGCACUGAGAAAUCCCAAGGUGAUCGAAGAGAACAAAAUUCGCAGGGAUAUAAAACCAGACUCCCUCUGUUUACCUCGCCAGAGACCACAAGUGGAAGACAACACAGACAUAAGGGAUUUUAUUCACCAAAGGCUACAGGAAAAUGAUGCAGAUCCAGCUGCCCCCCCAUAUGAUUCCUUGGCCACUUAUGCUUAUGAGGGGAAUGGGUCAGUGGCAGAGUCACUCAGCUCCAUAGACUCUGUCACCACAGAAGCUGACCAGGACUAUGAUUAUCUAUCAGACUGGGGACCGCGCUUUAAGGUCUUGGCAGACAUGUUUGGAGAAGAAGAGAGUUACAACCCCGACAAUGUUACUUAGGAGAGAAGAAAAGGCUGAUACACAUCUAGAGGAGAAAGUUUUGACAAAAAAAAAAUAACACAGAUGAAACACAAACAGACAAACACACACACACACGCACACACACACACACAUGCACACACACACACUCAAAG